CCUUGUUUAUAAAAGGCAGACCUCCUCUUGUGCCGGCCGGUGGUUUCUUUCCUCAUCAUCUUUCUCAUCGUCUUUCUCAUCACUGUUGUGAUUGAUUUCAUUGAUUUCAUUUCUUUCCUGCUUUCUCAUCGUUGUUUGGUUCACUACCCUACCAUCAAUGCCUCUCCAUUCUCGCCAUACCUCCCUUAUCUCUUUCCAUUACCAUCCUCCACAUUUCUGCACACCCGAUCCUACAACUUUCUACUACCCUACCCCUCUUCCGAGAAAACGAUUGUCAAGUCGGACGACCUCCAGUCCGUCUCCUUCGCUGGUACCAUCACCAUCCUCCUGUUGUCAACCACCCAACUUCUCAACCACUCCACAACCGCCGCUCCCAGAAAGUAUGGCCGCCACUAUCAUUCCAACGUGCUACCUGCACGCCGCAGUCCAGUCAUCCCUCUCCCAUCGUCGCCCACAAUCUAUUUGCUCCCGAAUACAACAUCACGGCACUCGACGCCGGUACAGCCAAGUCCCUCCUCGUCGUCUUGGCCUACUCGCCCUACUCGUCGCCGCUUUAACGGACGAGGACUGCAGCAACAGUGCCGAUCAUACAGCGUCUCCCGUCCAGGAGAUAGGACUACCGAAGAGUCACAAUGGUAGCGAACAGGACAUGGAGGCGGUUGUGGAAAUGAAGCAGAUCAUGGAGGAGGUGGAGGAGAUGGAGGAAAUGAAGAAGAUGGUGGAGGUGCACAUGUCGGAGGAGGUGGAGGCAAUGGAGGAGAUGGAGGAGGUGGAGGCUUUUGAGGUGAAACGAGGAAUCCUCGGGCGACGAUGAGAGGAUGAGAGAACGAGAAGACGAUGGAGGGGAUGGUAGGAAGGAGAGCAGGAUUGUGAAGACAAGGACGACGGAUAGCAGAGAUUGCGCGGAGGGUGAACUAUUGAAUGUGGCUAUGCAUAUUGGAUAGAGUGGCUUGACCUAAUCAUUAUAAUGAUUUAAUUGCUUUUAGCGGGGUCGUAUGUGUUUUGUGCCACCUGGCAGAAUCAUACUUUUUUAGAUAGGCCGGCGGGUUGUGUUGUUAGCCGUUUGUUUGUAUUUCUGUUUCUUGUUCUUCUUCUUCUUCUUUCUCUCAUCAUCAUCAAAAUAGACGAUCAACGCUCG